CAGUGUUGCAUUUCAAUACAAUAAUCUGAAGUCUGGUUGUGUUUUAAAUUGUAAGGUUAUAGAACACGUACAUUUACUCGUCGGUGUUGGGAUACUAAGUUUAAGAUUCUGUGAAGGAGUGAAAAGUAUCGACUUCGUUGGCCUACAACUGAAAAUCGUUUGCUAAUACCGGGGCGCCAUGUCUGGAACAUCUGUUGAGGUAACAGGAGUCCCAAACAUCCUCUCUGAUGACCGGAUGGAAGAUAAACUCACAAUACACUUUCUUCGACCAAGAAACGGUGGUGGAGAGGUGACGAGGGUGCUUUUCCCGUCCUACAUUCCAGGACAGGCAUUUGUCAUCUUCGAGGAAGCAGCAGUGGUUGGCCGUGUUCUGAAGCGUAGCCAUGUACUGGAAUUCGACAAACACUCAUUUCCACUCAAAGUUAAGGCAGCCGACAGACCCGAGGUGGACCUGCCGGCGGAGGCUAGUCUGAACAUGAGGUUGUUCAGCAGUGAGAGGGAGGUGCUGCGCCUCCUCAAGGCGCAUGGUCUGCGUGUGACGGAGAAGCUCCAGAGUGAGGUGCGUGUUCAGGGCUCCUUCCUGGGGCUCAGAGACGUGAAGGCCCAGCUCCAGCUGCUGGUGAAGGACCCCCAGCCGCCCACGCCUUACCCCAGCAUCAACGGCCAUGAACAGUCUCUGGGUGCCAUUGCCAAGUCCACCAACAGGGGGCGUGAUGUCUCCUGCAGUCCCUCGGUGUUUAAUAGCCCUGCAGCAGUGAAUGGUGAUCGGUCUCCGUUCUCGCCAUCUCUCCCCUCCAGCCCUUCGUCAGAGUUCCUGUAUGGCCAGCCCAGCCCACCAGGGUACGGAGCGAGGUCCUCUUCCAGAGACACCCCCUCCCCAUGGCCACCCGCCUCCUUCAUGACAGAUCCAGAUCUGCUCAGGUUUGCUCAGUCCUUCAAGCAGAAAGACAUUGACUUGAUCCUGAAGAACCACAAGGUGACGAUGGAUGUGAAGUGGAGUGAGGGUGCCGAUGUCUCCAGCGUGGCUCUGCAGGGGAGGGGGUCCCAGGGUGCCAUGGAGGAGCUGCAGGGGUUCCUGAACGUGCUCGCCCCAACCAUCCGCACCCAACAAAUACAGCUGGGGUCUCUUGAUCACAACGUUCAAGUUGAAGUUGGUAAACAAAUUCAGAUGUAUAAGGAUGAUUUUCAUUCAGUGAUGAUCCGUCAGGUCGGAGACACGAUUCGUCUGGUGGGGCCGUCCAGCGACAGUUAUGAGCUGAAGCGAAGGAUUCUAGGAGAGCUUGUAGACCUGCCCCCUUUACCGCUGAGAGGGAGACCCCAGAGCAGAGACCCCAGCAGCCGCAGGUCCUCCUCUCUGCCUCGACAGCUCCACAAGAGAGACUCCAGUUCCUCCGCACUGGCUCGACAGCUCCACAAGAGAGACUCCAGUUCCUCCGCACUGGCUCGAGAUCAAGGUUCCUCGAGGGACCAGGGAGGUUCACGUUCUGCUGGUUCUGCUGGAGGGGUUCUGGAAGCGGGGAAUGUCCCUGCCGCCAGGAGGAGCGGCCGGCAGAGGAGCUCUUCUGAGUCCCGGGAGAAGAAGAAGGAGCAGAAGGAGAUGAUGCGGCAGGACAUGGCAGAGCCAGCGCCAUCUAGUGGACCCAUAUCACCACGGAUGAAAAUGCAAUCAUUUUUUCAGAAGUUUCCUACUAGUAAAGAAGAUAUAAAGAAGGCAAUUAGGAAAGGAAACAGUCCCAAGAAGAAGCCUUGAGGAUUUAUGGAAGUUGAUGUUUGAUUAUUUGGGGGUGGUAACAGCUCAGCGGCAGAUCAAGAGAUCACAGGUUCAAAUCCCCCUGCUGUAGUCGCUUUGGAUAAAAGUAUCUGCUACAUAAAUACAUAAUGAGCCCACAGCAUCUGCUGGAUGAAGACAUGAUAUGCUGACUGCUUUGGGUUCAGGAGUGGAGGAGAAUAUGCACUAAUGAGACCUGCUAUACAAUUGAUGAUUUUGCUAUUAAUGUGAUAAUAUAUUGAGACAUGUAACAUGAUGAACUGCAUCCUAAAUUGUUUUAGAGUUGGUUAGCACCUCAGUUGGUUGACUUGAUCAACAUAUUUUAUAGAAUGACUGUAAAUUUGAUUAAAUACAAUCAGUCAGUUUAGUUUUGAUCUUUACACAUAUUACGCACAAGUUUUACCUCAAUUGAUCAUCUGUAAGUCAAGCUGUCCAUGACUUCAGUGCCUUUGUGUGUGUUUAUACCAGGUUAAUUGUAACGGCUGCUGUGAGUUUCUUUGGUUUGUUUAUCAGAAGGUAAUCUAUACAAACUCUAUGUACAGUAUACUCAAUAAACAAAUCAA